CCCCCCCCCGAAACAGGACUAGGUGAAGAAUGGGACUUUAGGCUCAGUUUUAAUUGUGAACUUGGCCACCACGGUGACUCAUUAUCACGGUGAAAGUGGUGUAAUUGGGUGCUAUACUUGCCGGGAGAAGGACUGAUCAAUGUUUUAAAGUACUUGUUGGCAAAAAGAAGACUUUUUUUCUCUGUUCCUGCUCGCUCAAAAGAGGGACUGGUUGGCUUUUGCUAAUUCCCUCCCACUUUCCGGAAAGGUUCCACAGUAUCUGAUGUAUUUGAAACUGAAGAGAUGAAUGAUUACACUGAGCGACUCGAGAGUAAAUAUUGGCUUAGAGCGUCUAAGAAGGAAGAGUAGCACGUCAAGAAGUUUUUGAUACUGUGGGGAUCAUGAGUGACGCAGCUGUUGAAGAUGCAAGCUCUGCCAUGAACGAAUUGUGUUAUGAGUGUGGUCAGGCUCAUAUGGUCCUGGAGAACCACCUAUACGAUUAUCAGCAUGAAGUGGACGAUGAACUAGUUUGUCACAUUUGUCUCCAGCCAUUACUGCAGCCUCUGGACACUCCGUGUGGUCAUACAUUUUGUUUCAAAUGCCUGGAGAAUUUCCUACAGGAGCAGGAUUUCUGUCCCAUGGAUCGUAAGAAGCUUCACUUCCAGCACUGUCGGAAAUCUAGUUUGCUAGUGCGUAAUCUCCUCGAUAAGCUAGUUGUUCACUGUCCAUUUCGACUGGACUGCGAUAAAGUGAUGCAACGCUGUGAGCUUGACCCUCAUCUCCAAAAUAGAUGCCCUGGUCUGAUGAAGUAUCGAGUAAAGAUUGAACACAAGCGACAGCCCAGCUUAAAGGGAAACCAACACCCUACACAGGAGGACACAACCGGGGCAGCAGAAGGCUCCGCAGCUGCUGCUGUUUCACUCCAAACAGCUGACCCUGGACUUGUUAACCCUGCAUUUGAGGAAGAUCAGGAAGAAGAUGAUUUGCCUCGGCUGUCCAGUCUUCUGGCAGAAACUACCACAGUUGAAAUUCAUCGCACGGACCCUCAGGAAGAGCUGGGAAUUCGGAUAGUUGGUGGGAAAGACACACCACUCUGUAACAUUGUGAUCCAGGAGAUUCUUCGUGACAGCAUUGUUGCUAGGAAUGGAAGGCUUGCACCUGGGGAUCAUAUAACAGAGGUGAAUGGCAUAAAUAUCACCAGUGUUCCACACAGUUACGCCAUCCAUGUACUGCGGCAACCUUGUUCUGUCUCUCGACUCUCUGUGCUCCAAGAGAGAGGAUUUGCUGUUCGAGGAUCUUCACAGGAAAGAAGCAGCAUCAGCAACACACAAAAGCAAACUGUGCAUGUCACCUUGCAUAAGCGAGAUCGCAAUGAGCCACUGGGUAUAAAACUAAUUCGGAAGGGAGAUGAGCCUGGAGUGUUUAUCCUAGAUCUUCUAGCUGGUGGCUUGGCUGCUCGAGAUGGAAAGCUACAUAAUAAUGAUAAAGUGCUUAUGAUUAAUCAGCAGGAUCUCAAAAAUGGAACCCCAGAGAUGGCAGCACAGAUAAUACAGUCUAGUGAGGGGACUGUCAGCUUUAUAGUCCAGAGGUGCCUUGAUCAACAAAGCCCAGAAAUUAUUGAUGAAGUUGGCUCGAGCAAUAACAGUCCCUCCCGGCAGCGUAGUAAGCCAUUGCAACAGCAUUGUCGUCGACGGUCCCACUACCAAAAGGAUUUAUCACAGACUUCAAUGUGCAUAGAAAAGGCAGUUCUGUUAAAAAAGGAACCUCGUGAGUCACUUGGAAUAACAAUUUCAGGUGGACGUGAAAACAAGUACAAGGUUCCGAUAUAUGUGACCAGCAUCCAGCCUGUUGGCUGCCUCUACAGGGAUCGCAGAGUCAAGAGAGGAAAUGUACUUCUGAAUAUAAAUGGAGUGGACCUCACACAGCUGAGUUACAAUGAAGCAGUGUCAGUUCUCAAAUUGAAUGCGGCCUCCUCUAGUGUGGUAUUGAAAGUCCUAGAAUUUCCUACUACAGAGAUGUUACCAACAUCAGAGGAGCCUUCAGAAGCAAGCAAGGAGAACAGUUAUGACUGGUCACCAUUAUGGGUCAUGUGGCUAAGUUUACCAAGUUACCUUCACUGUUGCAAUGACAUUACUCUGUACAAGAGUAACUCUGAAAGCUGGGGAUUUAGCAUUGUUGGGGGCUUUGAGGAUGGGCAAGAAAACCAACCUUUUUUCAUCAAAACCAUCGUACCUGGAACACCAGCAUACUUUGAUGGAAGACUAAAGUGUGGGGAUGAAAUUGUUGCCGUAAAUGGUGUUUCCACAGCAGGAAUGAGCAAUUCGGCUGUAAUCCCAAUGCUGAAAGAACAGAGGAACAGAGUCACUCUCACUGUCGUCUCAUGGCCAGGAAGUUGUGUAUGAAAAUGGCAAGACAAAAAUUAUCGAGAUUUUAAUCGUGAAGGAACAGUGCAAAUUACCAAUUCACCAAAGUGCAUUUUUGCUAAGCAAUUUUGAGCAGAAUACUUUAUAAAUUUUAUUAAAAACUUUUAAAAUAGCAAAGGUGCCAGCGUUUGUGAAGAAAGCCCUGCCAUAAAUUUCCAAAUGUAUGGCCAAAGUUUGAAUUUUGGUAGAUACAUCUGCCAUGUAAUUGGACUUCAUGGAGCAUGGAUGUGCAAUUCCCUGAAAUGGGAUUAUUCAUUGAAUUGGCAGAAGCAGGAUCAGAAUAUUUUGUCACAGACUUGGUGAGCAUAUUUUUAAAAGAUUCAUAAUUACCUGCAUAUGUAGUCAAAUUCUGCAUUCAAAUGCAGUUCACUUUUUUCUGAUCUACUUCAAUGUAGCAGUGAAAAUAAAUUCUGGAGGAUGAACUCAAACUCUGUCUCUGCUUCCUUUCUUAGUAAUGAUAUGAUUUAAAUGCUGUUAUUACACAAAUUACUUGGUGCUAACAAGGUAAAUACCCAUAACUGUGAUGCUGUAAAAGAAUUAUUAGGUAAGGUAGCGAGGAGGAGGAAGGAAAUUAUGUUUACAAUUGACGAUUGCUGGAGUCAAUUUUUACUCCAGUGGCAUUAGGCUUGUAUUCCUUAUUCAAACAUACAAGGUGACUUGACAGGGUAGAUGUUGGUAUCUCGUGGGAAAUCUCAAACAAGGAAGAUAACUGCAAGGGGCAGGCUGUAGUUUCAAAUGACAAGUAGAAUUUCAACAUGGAGGUGGUGUAGCUCUGGGUGAUGGGAGCUGAAUUGUUAUAUUGAUGCAGAGGACAGAGAAAAGCAGCUCCUAGAUCAUAUUAAAGUGUGUCCCAGACUUGAAGUGCCUGAGAGUUUACUACUCCUAUUAGGUUCAUAUUCAAAACCUCAAUGUUAAGGGGCAGUCCUUUCGGUUGUAAAAGGGUUGUCUUUAAAUAUGUAAAAUUAAACAAUCUUCAGUACUUAUUAUCUAGUUAGGUCUAACAAGCU